GCUUCUCUAUGGUGCGCAAGCCACAGAGUCCCCGACGCCGGAAGUGGCACGCUCUCCGGGACGCGUCGGGGCGCCGUGUGGUAUUCAAAAUUAUUAACCACUGGGGCACCAUUUGAAGCCCAGCUCCCAGAUCAUCUUCAUUGCCUUCCCCAGUGCAACGCCUCCAGCUUUAAUGUCCACCACCACCCUGGAGGUAGGGACUGCUGGAGGUCUCUGCUAUUCCCUCCUGACUUUACCAAACAACCAUGUCAUCAGAAUCAAGCAAAAAACGAAAGCCCAAAGUGAUCCGAAGUGAUGGAGCUCCAGCUGAAGGGAAGCGUACUCGUUCUGACACUGAGCAGGAAGGUAAAUACUACAGUGAGGAGGCUGAGGUGGACCUGCGGGACCCUGGCAGAGACUAUGAGCUGUACAAGUACACGUGCCAGGAGCUGCAGAGGCUCAUGGCCGAGAUUCAGGACCUGAAGAGCAGGGGCGGCAAGGACGCGGCAGUUGAGAUAGAAGAUCGGAGGAUCCAAAGCUGUGUGCAUUUCAUGACUCUAAAGAAGCUUAAUCGAUUAGCCCACAUCAGGUUGAAGAAAGGAAGAGAUCAGACCCAUGAGGCCAAGCAGAAAGUGGACGCCUAUCACCUGCAGCUCCAGAACCUGUUGUAUGAGGUGAUGCACCUGCAGAAGGAGAUCACCAAGUGUCUGGAGUUUAAGUCAAAGCACGAAGAAAUUGAUCUGGUUAGCUUAGAGGAGUUUUAUAAGGAGGCUCCUCCAGAUAUCAGCAAGGCAGAAGUCACCAUGGGAGACCCUCACCAGCAAACCCUUGCACGUCUAGACUGGGAGCUGGAGCAGCGGAAAAGGCUGGCGGAGAAGUACCGAGAGUGCCUGUCCAACAAGGAGAAGAUCCUCAAGGAGAUUGAGGUGAAGAAGGAGUACCUGAGCAGCCUCCAGCCUCGUCUCAACAGCAUCAUGCAGGCUUCCCUCCCGGUGCAGGAGUACCUGUUCAUGCCCUUCGACCAGGCUCACAAGCAGUACGAGACAGCCAGACACUUGCCGCCUCCCCUCUAUGUGCUCUUUGUCCAAGCCACUGCGUACGGGCAGGCCUGUGCUCAUAGGAAAUCUUCCCAGCCCCCUAGACAGGAUAAGAUGUUGUCUGUGGCGAUUGAAGGCAGCGUGGAUGAGGCCAAGGCUCUGUUCAAGCCUCCCGAGGACUCCCAGGACGAUGAGAGCGACUCGGACGCCGAGGAGGAGCAGACCACGAAACGCCGGCGACCCACACUGGGAGUUCAGCUAGACGACAAGCGCAAGGAGAUGCUGAAGAGGCACCCGCUGUCUGUUCUGCUGGACCUGAAGUGCAAAGAUGACAGUGUGCUGCACCUGACUUUCUAUUACCUCAUGAACCUCAACAUCAUGACGGUGAAAGCCAAAGUGACCACCGCCACGGAGCUGAUCACCCCCAUCAGCGCAGGUGACUUGCUGUCUCCUGACUCAGUCCUCAGCUGCUUGUACCCUGGGGAUCAUGGAAAGAAGACUCCCAAUCCAGCCAAUCAGUAUCAAUUUGAUAAAGUUGGCAUCCUGACUUUGAGGGACUACGUACUUGACCUCGGUCACCCCUACUUGUGGGUGCAGAAGUUGGGUGGUCUUCACUUCCCCAAAGAGCAGCCUCAGCACACUGUGAUCACAGACCACUCGCUGAGCGCCAGUCACAUGGAGACCACCAUGAAACUGCUGAAGACCAGGGUGCAGUCCCGCCUCGCCCUCCACAAGCAGUUUGCCUCCCUGGAGCACGGCAUUGUCCCGGUCACCAGCGACUGCCACUACCUCUUCCCUGCAAAGGUCGUCUCUCGCCUGGUGAAGUGGGUGACGAUUGCCCAUGAGGACUACACGGAGCUGCAUUUCACCAAAGACAUUGUGGAGGCGGGACUGGCCGGGGACACCAAUCUCUACUACAUGGCACUUGUGGAGAGGGGCACAGCUAAGCUCCAGGCUGCUGUGGUGCUGAACCCUGGCUACUCAUCCAUCCCACCCAUUUUUCAGCUCUGUCUGAACUGGAAAGGGGAGAAAACCAACAACAACGAUGACAAUAUUCGGGCCAUGGAGAGCGAGGUCAACGUGUGCUACAAGGAGCUGUGCGGCCCGCGGCCUGGCCACCAGCUUCUGACCAACCAGCUGCAGCGCCUGUGCGUGCUGCUGGACGUCUACCUGGAGACGGAGAGCCAUGACGACAGCGUGGAGGGGCCCAAGGAGUUUCCCCAGGAGAAGAUGUGUCUGCGGCUUUUCAGGGGUCCCAGCAGGAUAAAGCCAUUUAAAUAUAACCACCCUCAAGGAUUCUUCAGCCAUCGUUGACGUCGCUCUCGGCCUGCUUCCCCGCAGACCCUAAGUGCUGCGCCUCUGCUUCCGGUUCCGGCGCACACGUGGCUCUUGAUAGUCUCCUGGGACAGGUUUUCUAUUUGUAGCCUAUUAAAAUGUCACCUGACUAA